CCCUCCCUCCAGCAGGAGUUCCGCACAGACGCUGCGGUCUGGCGGGAAGAAGAGAGCGGCUUCGUUCUCUCCCUCAGCUUCGGCGGGAAGACAGGCAGGCAUUGCGGCUCCCGCUCGGAGGAAGAGGCCGCCGCGAUGCCGCUCGCGCAGCUGGGAGCCGAGCCCUGGCCGGAGGGGAACAUGGAGCUGGUGGACAUGGAGCUGGACGAGGCCGAGAAUGGCCAAGCUGCUCCAGAAGAACGAAAAGAUGUACUGUCAAAGGCGUUCAGAUUACUUUCCGUCUUCUGGAAAGAAAGGGGGUGGCAGAAGGGGAGAGCAGAGACGGCAAAACGGGAAACUGCUUGGAUAGAGAAAGACUCUGUGAAUGCUGCAGAUAAGAAGGAUGGCUCUGUCCAAGAAUACACCAUCACAUACCUUGUGAAAGAAGGAUCUGAGAAGGCUGAUCAAUCACACUUUGAGCUGCUCAAAGUCCUGGGACAGGGUUCUUUCGGCAAAGUCUUCCUUGUCCGAAAAAUCACCCCUCCAGACAAAGGGCAGCUCUACGCUAUGAAGGUCCUGAAGAAAGCAACUCUGAAAGUCCGAGACCGUGUGAGGACAAAAAUGGAAAGGGACAUUCUAGUGGAAGUAAACCACCCAUUCAUUGUGAAACUUCAUUAUGCCUUCCAGACAGAGGGGAAAUUGUACCUUAUUCUUGAUUUCCUCAGAGGAGGAGACCUCUUCAUGCGCCUUUCCAAAGAAGUCAUGUUCACUGAAGAAGAUGUGAAGUUCUACCUUGCGGAGUUGGCCCUGGGCCUUGGCCAUUUGCAUCGCCUGGGAAUUGUGUACAGGGACCUUAAACCAGAGAAUAUUCUCCUGGACGAUGAAGGGCAUAUCAAGCUCACAGACUUUGGUUUGAGCAAAGAAGCCAUUGACCAUGAGAAGAAGGCCUAUUCCUUCUGUGGGACCGUGGAGUACAUGGCCCCGGAAGUGGUGAAUCGCCAGGGUCAUACUCAGAGUGCCGAUUGGUGGUCCUAUGGGGUCUUAAUGUUUGAGAUGCUGACGGGGGCCCUGCCUUUCCAGGGGAAGGACCGGAAAGAGACAAUGACCCUCAUUCUCAAAGCGAAGCUGGGCAUGCCCCAAUUCUUGAGCGCUGAAGCACAGAGUCUCCUGCGAUCCCUUUUCAAGAGGAACCCAGCCAACAGGUUAGGGUCUGGACCAGAUGGUGUUGAGGAAAUCAAGCGUCACCCUUUUUAUUCUACCAUUGAUUGGAAUAAGCUCUUUCGUAGAGAAAUCAAGCCGCCUUUCAAGCCUGCUGUGGGUCGUCCUGAUGAUACGUUUUACUUUGACAAAGAGUUUACCUCCCGCACACCAAAAGAUUCACCUGGGAUUCCACCAAGUGCAGGGGCCCAUCAGCUCUUCCGUGGCUUCAGUUUUGUGGCUACUGGCACAAUAGAAGACGAGAAGACCAAAUCUCCAACAGUGCCUUUACAUUCUGCUGUCCAGCAACUGCAUGGCAAGAACCUCCAGUUCAGUGAUGGUUACAUCGUGAAGGAGGCCAUCGGCGUAGGUUCCUACUCAGUGUGCAAGCGCUGCGUCCACAAAGCAACGAACACAGAAUAUGCUGUAAAGGUGAUCGACAAAAGUAAGAGAGAUCCCUCAGAAGAGAUUGAGAUACUCCUACGGUACGGACAGCACCCGAAUAUCAUCACGCUAAAAGAUGUGUAUGACGAUGGCAAGCAUGUCUAUCUGGUGACGGAGUUAAUGAGAGGCGGGGAGCUGCUGGACAGGAUCCUCAAGCAGAAAUGCUUCUCUGAAAGGGAAGCCAGCUCUGUCCUGCACACAAUAUGUAAGACUGUGGAAUACCUUCACUCCCAAGGGGUGGUUCACAGAGACUUGAAACCUAGCAACAUCCUCUAUGUAGAUGAGUCUGUAAAUCCAGAGUCCAUUCGUAUUUGUGACUUUGGCUUUGCCAAGCAGCUGAGAGCGGACAAUGGGCUCCUCAUGACCCCCUGCUAUACUGCCAAUUUUGUGGCUCCAGAGGUUUUGAAACGUCAAGGAUAUGAUGAAGCCUGUGAUAUUUGGAGUUUAGGGAUCCUCCUCUACACAAUGUUGGCAGGGUAUACUCCAUUUGCCAAUGGGCCCAGUGACACCCCUGAAGAAAUCCUUACUCGGAUAGGUGGGGGGAAAUUUUCGCUCAAAGGAGGGAAUUGGGACACUGUUUCCGAGGCAGCCAAGGACCUGGUAUCAAAGAUGCUCCAUAUUGAUCCCCAUCAGCGCCUGACUGCCAAGCAAGUCCUCCAGCAUCUGUGGAUAACCCAGAAGGACAGGUUGCCGCAGAGCCAGCUGAGUCACCAGGAUGUACAACUUGUCAAGGGUGCCAUGGCUGCCACAUACUCUGCACUGAACAACUCCAAGCCAGGUCCCCAGCUGAAACCCAUUGAGUCCUCCUUCCUAGCGCAGAGGCGAGUCAAGAAGCUCCCAUCGAACUCCAAAUGAGAACUCAAGAGGAACUUCCGCAAGAUUUUUAAAAACAUCUCCUGGUUCCAAUAUCUGCAAAUAAAGGAAUCUUACAAUUCAGAUUUUUAAAAAAGCUGGCUUUAGUGGAAGUGAAAAAUUUUGGGACAGACUUAUGCAAAAAAGAUAAGCUGAUAGCAAAGAUCUAUAAUAAACUACUUGGAUGGGCCACUGAAACAGAAGAGAUACAAAAUUGCAUGAUAAAAUGGGCAAGGAAUACUGGUAGAUCUAUUAAAUUAACGGAAUGGGAGCAAAUUUGAACCAGAAAAUUAAAAUACACUUUCCGUCAGAUUUGAAGGAAAAUUGGCUCAAAAUGAUACAUAGAUGGCAUAUGACUCCAAAAAAAUAAUAAUGUACAAGAAUACAGCAAUUAAGUGUUGGAAAUGUAAAGCGCAUAUGAAGGUUCUUAUUACCAUAUGUGGUGGACCUGUGAGAAAACAAUUACAUUUUGGAAAUUGAUACAUAGAGAAUGCCAGAAGAUAAAAAUAACAAGCUUCCCAAUGAAACCUGAAUAUUAAUUUUAAUAAAGACAUUUUAUUUACAUAUUUAUCAACUGCGGCGAGAACAAUCUUUGCAAAAUAUUGGAAAACAAUUGAGAUACCAACCAAGGAACAGUGGCUAAACAAAGUAAUUGAAAUAAAAGACAUGAAUGAUGAAAAAUACAGGAAGAUACAUUAAGAUGGCAGAUUGGAGGACCUUUGAGGAAUAUAUAAAUAUUGGAAGCUAAGGAAGAGAGACAGAGCCUAAAUUGAAGAAGCAGGAGAAAGCGGAGAAGGACAAUUUUGUAAAUCUCUUUUUUUCUUAUUUUAUAGAACUAAAGAGACUAAGAUAGCAUAAGGGAACGCGAGGAAGAAGAAUGAAAGACAACAUUCCCCUUUCCUUUUUUUUUCUUCUUUUUUUCUCUUUUCUUCUCUUCCCAUCUCGCCUCCCUUAUUUUCUAUAUAUAUAUAUCCUUUUCUACAAUACAACCUUCCUUUUUUUCUUUUUAUUGUAUCAAUGUAACAAAAAGUCUAUUAAUAAAAAAUAUUCAACAAAAAAAAGAAGCUCCCAUCGACCACACUGUGACAUGGAAUUGGUGGGUGUUCCCCAGGCCCCCAACCAGUGCUACUUCUCUAACAAACUUACUUGGAUGUCCACGGGAACAGGAGAUGUCGUCCCAGCAAGACGCCAUUUUGAGGCACCUUCUCAAAUGUAUAUCCAGGGCCAAGUGCCUCCAGAAAGACUAGCUCUUGCUCUCCCUCUGGAUUCCCCUCUUUGUUUUUGUUUUCACUGUACAGAGAAAUUAUUUGUAAAGGGAUCUGUAUCAUGCAUCUGAGAAGCUGAACACACAUCAAUCUACGGCUUGUUGCCAUGACAUAGCCGGUCUCUAGCCUGCAAACAAGCAAGCGUUGGAUGAAUUGAUGCCUCUGAAAUGCUAACCUGGUACAGCAGGAACAUGUUCUGUCCUUCCCUCUCGCCAAUCUUUCCAACAGAGACUGUUUUUGUGCAGGAUAGCCUCUGUUUCUACAAAUGCUCUCUCUUUACCUAAUAUAUGUGAUCUCAUGUGCACCGGCAUUUUCAUUUCUUGUUCCCAAUCCUUGAAGCUAUGUGGCUGGAAUCCAAAAGAAUCUUGAGCAAAUGUCUCUUUUCUUUAAUAAUAAUCAUAAUCCUAAUCAU